AUGGCUGAGUCCAGUUUCCCUUCACCUCCAGAGGAUUACUGUCCACUGUGUGUGGAUACGCUCAGAGACCCGGUCACCAUCCCCUGUGGUGACACCUACUGCCUGGAGUGCAUCAAGAUCUACUGGGACCAGUUUGACCACAUGGGUGUGUACAGCUGCCCGCAGUGCCGCUCCACCUUCACACCAAGGCCCGUGCUGAGACGCAAUCUGCCCGACGUACACCGCGAGCCCCGGCGCCAGCUCCCGGAGCUCACCCCUUUCCCAUACAUGCACCAGGAGUCCUUCUGCGACUUCUGCGUCGGCCGUCGCAACAAGGCCGUGAAGUCGUGCCUCAUGUGUCUGGCCUACUACUGCGAGGAGCACGUCAAGCCGCAUUACGAGUCAUCCACCUUCAAGAGACACAAGCUGGUGGAUGAGACGGGCCACCUGGACAGGAAGAUCUGCCCCCAGCAUGAGAAAGGCCUGGAGCUGUUCUGUCGCUCUGACCAGAUGUGUAUCUGUGUGCUGUGCACUGUCAGAGAGCACCGCGGCCACAACAUCACCUCAGCGGAGGAAGAGCGCACGGAUAAACAAAAAGUCCUGGUAAUCACCCAGACUGAGGUCCAGCACAUCAUUCAGGAGAGGAUGAAGGAGCUGCACGAGCUCAAACACAAUGUGGAAGUUCUUAAAAGCGGUGCCCAGCGAGCACAGUCAGAAAGUGAUAAGACCUUCCACGAAAUGCUGCAGGCGGUUGAACGCUGGAAGGCUGAAAUCCAUCAGAUGAUAACGGCCAACAUGCAGUCGGCGAUGUCGCAGGCUGAGGGCUACGUGGAACGUCUGGAGCAGGAGAUACUGGAGCUACAGCGCAGAGAUGCAGAGCUACGGCAGAUCCUCGAAACAGAGGACAACAUUCACUUUCUGCAGAAUUUUCCGACCCUGUGCGUUGCUCCUGAGGCCAUGGUGCCCAAAGUGCUCAUCAACCCUCAGUUCUCCUUUGGAGAGAUGAGCAAGACGGCCACAGAGAUGAAGGCACAUCUGGACGAUAUCUGUAAGAAGGAAUUGAGCAAAAUCUCAAAGACAGUUAAUGAAACCCCCGUGUACAUACUUUUGCCGAGAAAUGGAGACAAACGACUCAAAGUUCCUUCCAGAGUUAACUUCGAGGAGCCAAAAACCAGGACAGACUUCUUAAGAUACUUCUGCAAGAUGUCCUUGGAUCCAAACACAGUUUAUAAAGAGCUGGUCCUGUCUGACGGGAACCAGAGGGUCACGCGGAAAAAGGCCGUCCAUUUACCCCCAGAUCACCCAGAACGCUUUGAUGGCUUCUCCCAGGUGCUGUGCAAAGAGCCUCUGUCUGGUUUCAGAUUUUACUGGGAGGCAGAGUGGAGCGGGGAGUUUUCCAUUGGGGUGGCCUACAAGAGCAUCAGUCGCAAAGGGAAGAACUCGCACAGCCUCCUGGGCUACAACGACAAGUCUUGGAGUCUCCUCUGCUCAGACUCGGGCUACUCCGCCUGGCACAACAAAGUAGACAGAGACCUUCCUGAAGCUCCCAGGGCCACACGAAUCGGCGUGUACCUUGAUUAUAAAGGCAAGACAUUGGCCUAUUACGCAAUAUCAGAGACUAUGGAGCUCAUCCACAGAUUUAAAGCUCAGUUCAGUGAGCCUUUGUAUGCUGGCUUUGGUGUGGGCUCCUCUGUUACCCUCUGCCAGCUGAAGCAGAAUGCCACGCCUUACUAA